AGUACAAGUGCAAUACAGUGCAACGCAAUUGACGGCCGGACAUUCUAUGGAUCUGUGGAUACCGCCGCGAUUCAGUUUGUUUGUAAGGAUCGACGUGAAUUCAUUUCCCUGAAGCCGUGGAAAUCAUCAAGCAUAAAUGGCGACGUCACCACGUGCACUAGACACAAUAUCGUUGUGUUCAACGGUUUCAAGUUGUCCCGAUCGAAAUGGUUUCUACGGUGGAUUUCAAAGAACGGACAAACCCAAAGAACCUCUUUCGAAAGCACAAAUCAUAGCAAGAGAAAAGAAAUGGCUUCACAUGAUAGACAAUUGGUCGGAGUACAUGAUGAAAAACUACAAGAAAGUUCGAGAUCGUUGUAGGAAAGGUAUACCAAAAUCGGUCAGGCCGAAAGCAUGGUUUUACCUCUCCGGUGCCUACAAACUGCAACAAAAACAUCCCCACCUUUAUGAAGAACUCCUACAAGAACCAGGAAAUCCACAAAUUAUAGAAGAAAUUAAAAAAGAUAAACAUCGACAAUUUCCAUUCCACGAAAUGUUCUUAGAUGAAGAGAAAAUCGGACAAAUUGAAUUGUUCAACGUACUGAAGGCCUAUUCCAUCUACAAUCCAAAAGUUGGUUUUUGUCAAGCGCAAGCGCCAAUUGCAGCGUUUCUACUAAUGCAUAUGCCAGCCGAGCAGGCAUUUUGGUGUUUCGUUAGUGUCUGUGAUAACUAUCUCGAAGACUACUUCAAGCCGGGACUCGAAGUCUUACAAAACGAUGCAGCCAUAUUAAACGGCCUUCUAAAGAAGACCUCACCAUCCGUCUAUCGUCACCUGCAAAAGCACAAAGUUGAACCUCUUCUCUACAUGACCGAUUGGUUUUUAUGUGCAAUGACCCGAACAUUACCCUGGGAAACUCUACUUCGUGUUUGGGAUUGUUUUUUGGCCGAAGGAAUUCGUGUAAUAUUCAAAGUAGCUCUAGUUAUUUUAGGUGCCUCUCUGGGACGACAUAAAGUUCGCAAACAGUGCAAUGAUUUAUGCGAAACACUCGAAGUGCUCCGUUCACCCGAUGAGAAAAUUCUCGAAGAGGAAUUCAUUAUUCAUAAUAUGUUGCGAUUAAACUUGACCGUAGCCGAUUUCGAGAUUGAACAUAUCCGACAGAAGACCCGACGAGCGAAACAGAAAUUGCAGAACAUGAAUGAUGAGCAUAAAUGAUUAGCGGGGUGGAAAGGAGGUGGUCGUGGUGUUGUUGUGAGUAAUUCAAUUUAACUCAAGACGACCCAUUUGUCCGCCUCCUUUUAUGCAUAAUUAGUUGUCAAUAAGUUUAGCGCUGUCGAAGUGCUGAUGUAAUUAUGUUGCUGCUGGACAGUAGUCAAUUAGCAUAGAAAAUUGAAGUUUGUGAAUAUCAUCCAAAAAGUGUGAUGAUUAAGGAGUGAGGUUUCGAUUCGAUUUGAUUCGUUUCGAUAAUUAAGGAAGCUGUAGAUAGUAGGCAUAUGUAUGUGUGAAGCAAAUUAGUUUCUGUUUCAUUCACCUAAAGUAGGUUAAGAUAGAAAAUUCAAAAGUUCGUCUUUCGCCUUUUCAUUAUAUAGAAAGUGCGCUUUUGAUAUGAUUUUUCUUUAAAAUAAAAUCGUCUAAAAGGAUUUUCUAAAGUUUGAUGCCUUUGAAUGUAUUUGUGAAAUAUGCACUACUUUCCUUUGCUUAACUUCACGCUUCCUUCUGUAAAAGUGGCUCAACUUAGAUUGCUCAUAAAUGGCUUGGUAGAGUUUGUUUCCAUAGUUAUUGGACUAUGGGUUUUAUAGUAAUAACUGUUGAAUGAACAUAGAAGUUUUUGCAUAUUUUUUUAAUGGAAGAAGACGCAAACUACUCUAACGAACUGAAAAAUUCAGUGGGCGAUCUCGUUCCCGACUUCAUAAUAUCGAUGCACGCAGAAUAAAACUGAUUAAAAUAAGGAACAAUAUUUCGUUUCCAAAAUCGAGCAAACAAGAAGUUCAAAAACCUAAAAGUGCUAAAUCAGUUAAUAAAGCUUUCAGAAUCGAUUUCAUGCGUUUACCCAUUCGAGGCUCGGAAGGAAAUAUGUAGUUUGGAUAUUAAAACGUUAAAUCGCAUCUGGGCUAGUUUCUUCGUCUAAGUAAAUCUACUUGGUCACCUCACCUUCCUUUCGGUUGUUCGAGAAAGGAGGUCAUCUGUACCGCUGGACCAAUUUCUCCACGAAUGUCCUUGAGUUUUUAUAAAUCUAGGCCUUUACAAUGAUUCAGGCGCUUCUUGGACACAGCGCUCAUUUCGAAUACUCAGAGAUGCGUUUCCUACGAAACUGAGAUAAAUAGCCAUUCGGGACCUGUGAGAAAAGGGACAAUGGAAUGAGUUCGCCUUUCAAAUCGAGGCCAAAACAAUCUCUUGAGAAUUUGACAAACUGGUCCACGACCAUAAGGAUAUUUAAUAGACAUGUACGUGGUGAUCACUCCUUGCAAACCACAUAUGACAGGACCCAACAAUUUGCAGAAAGAUAAAUCCCAACUUUCAAAAACCGGUGGCUCAGUCAUUCUCAACGGUGAAAAAUAGAUUGAAAUCACGAAAACGCGGUUGGAGAUCACAAAAUCCAAGAAGAAAAACCAAAAAGAAAAGACCAAAUUUUUCCUGAAAUGCCGAAUAAAAAUUUUUAUUUUCUAUAUUCGGAUAUCUCGAGGACCAGUUGUCCUCUUCCUCAGUGCGUUUUGGACUAGUCUUUAGAUUUCCUCAGUAAGUGUUAGUCAAACGAUUAGACUACCGAGCUAAGCAAGAGGACAGCUGGUUCUCGAAAUAUCCGAAUGUGGGAAAUAAAAAUUCUUAUUCGCCAUUUCAAGAAAAAAUUACGCUUUUCUUACUAAAAAACCAGCCCGGAAAAUAACAUAGAUAACAGUAGGACUCAUCCAGUACUUAAUUACCUACAUCCAGGCGAAAUAUUUUAUUCGAUAGAGUUACCUAAGCAGAUCAUGUCAGUGUCGUAGGGAAAAUCACGCAGGCGCCCCCAAGUAACUACAGAAUCAAUACAACUUCACUAAUUCUGGGACCUCUUCAGAAGGCUUCUGGCAUUCUCAUCCCCCUUUUGACGGGCCUGUGUCUUGUCCAAUGAAAUUUGCAUCUUGAAUUAUUUCCUUCACUCAUUCAGUGUUGAAUAUACCAGGUUUGUUCAAUAAGUUUUGCGGUUCGAUAAGAAAAAUACAAUUUUAUGGUUUGAAAUACACUUCAUUAAUCAGUACAACCUCCGUGAACAUCAAUACACUUGUUCCAACGAGAUUCUAAUUUAUGAAUUCCAUCCCUGAAGUGAGAAUCUGGAGAGGCUGAAAAAUACGCUUCCACAGCUGUUAUGACCUCAUCAUUUGAUGAAAAACGCUUUCCACCAAUUUUUCAGGUCUGUAAGCAGAUGGAAGUCGCUAGGGACCAAAUCUGAUGAAUACGAUGGAUGCUCCAACAAUCCAAACUUGAAUUCAUGGAUUUUAGCCAUUGUCAAAAUGCUCUUGUGACACGGUGCACUGUCCUGAUAAAAAGGAUUUUUUUUCUUCUGGAAACCUAGUCUUUUUUUACGAUUUUUUUCCUUCAGUUGGCCUAAAAGGAUACAAUAAUAUUCAGAAUUUAUUGUUUCACCAAUUUGCAAGUAAUCCACAAACAAAAUUCCUCUUGUAUCCCAAAAAACUGAUGCUAACACCUUAUUGGCCGAUUUAUGGACACGAACUCGUUUCGGAGCCGAAGAACCAGGUUCAAUCAAAUCUUUGCUUCUUGUUUUGAUUGAGGAUCAUGGUGAUAGACCCAUGUCGCAUCCAUAGUGAUGAAUCGACCCACAAAACCCAUUUUAUCCUUUCGAAAACGCUCUAAAUGUUGCUGAGAAAGUCGCAUUCGAAUGUGUUUUUGUUCCAUUAUUAGCAAAUGCGGCACCCAUUGUGCCCACAGCUUUCUGAAACCCAAUACUUCAGCCAAAAUAUGUUGUUUGCAAGGCUUGUAUGACCACCUUUAAUUUCAGCAACCCAACUUUCUACUGUACUAAUCGGAAGCGAAGAGUCCUUCUACAUUUUCAACACCCGUUCAUAAAUUUCCUUUGCUUUUAAACCUCCCAAAAAUAAAAAUUCAAUCACUUGACGAUACUUGACUUUUUCCAUUGUAAAAACAUACUGGGGCCAGUCGAUACUAAAUGGCCUGUGAACAAGGAAUGAAUUGACAGAUUGGAAUGAAACUUUACAUACGUCCAUAUGAAGAGUGUACCAAUGUAACGAAAAAAAAUUAGGCUAGUAGCAACGCCCUCUCUUAUCGAACCGCAAAACUUAUUGAACAACUUAAUAUUUCACCAAUAGUCGUGAAUCGAAUCAGGAUUGAUUGAUUUAAAUCGAUGAUCUGAUCUGGAGAAUAUGGUGGAUGGUAAAGAACCUUCCAUUCGAAUUUCUGGAGUGGGCCUAGGAACACUUGUGUAUCGUGAGACCUAGGGUCCUUGCUGAUCGUACUGUAUCUGUCAAUGCACUAUACCCUCCUGAUCCGACCAAGUGCAAAUCAUGGUCUUCGGGUGAAGGUUCUGUUUAGCACUCGGCGUUUCUCCUGAAGUCUCCCAUUUUUUUCUUGGCCUCAUGUUGAUAUAUAGGAGCCAUUUCUUAUCACCGUUACAAUUCAUCCUAGUAUUCUUAAGACACGGACUGAUUUUGUGUUCAAAAUCAAAGCUUUGCUGUGACUAACAACGGUACCAGUCUAUACUGAGUGCAUGGCUCAGUAUUCAAACUGGUGGAAGCAAAAACUUCUAAAAUUUUUAUCGAACUAAAGAGUACAGCACCUGAGUUAUAAGCGAAACACCACGCUUGCCCCCGAAGAUCUCUUGUCUGCUUGGACAUAAUCAUAACCGCCACAAAACCCCCCCUAUAGGGGGCUAACCGCAAAUAGCAGUGAAGACAUGCCCCAGGAAUUGUCCUGAGACAAAUCAACUCAGGGGGCCAUCUCGGAUACCAUGGUACCAGAUAACCUCUAGUGAAGCUUCAUGGCCGAAGCCACUUCAGGGAGCCCCCGUGCAGGGCAUACUGCAUUAAACUUAGGGCUCCACAAUUCGGUACAACAAAUAUUGUUCGUGUCCACGUAUUGCUCGGUGGAGGGCAAAAUUAUGAGAGGUAACUUUAAGGUGCCUUUCUUUGUUUUUUCACGGAGCUCAUGUGGCAUCGCGUUGCCGAUUUUUCGGUAAAGCUCACAGGAUGGCAAUGGUUGAGCACUGCUACCUGAUCCUAGCUCAUUUUUUCUCUAAUUCAUCAUCUGUUUUGCUAACGUUCACCUUCAAAAGUACUUUAGAGACGAUCUUUAUAGAUUUCUAAAGUUCCCCUGCCACGGAUGCCAAGGUUACCGUUUUCGACUUUUGCGAACAAUUUCCUUGCUGUUGACGCACCCAUGACGCCAUCUCCAUAAACGUGGAAAAUGUUCCAAACAGCUGUAUCAGUUUUGUCGUCACAAUGAAAGGCGAAAAAUAGGAGAUGUCCACAAUGACGCUCUAUUACUCGGUCUACAAAAUGAUGGAAAAACUUUCUCAAUAACAAACAUUUGCAACAUUUUGGGGAAUAGAAAAAGGUUUUUGCAAAUGACUGUAAACAUUUUGCAAAAUAACAAAACAAAUUUUGCUAAAAUAAAAACACAAAACUUUCCCAACAUGUUGACCUACCCAACAAGAAUUAUUCAUUAUAAUAUUUGAAAAGAAACACUAAUUUUGGUGGAAUCCCAGAAAUGUAACUGUUUUUCUUGGAGAUUUGUCAGACGUUUUUUAAGGAAUCCGUGUUUUUUUGCUGUUUGAGGGCGACACGUCCCAUGUAACGAGUUCGGGACGGAACAGAAACUUGAAUCUUGAAUAAAGCCAGACUCUUAUUGCCAGUCCGCGAGAGUGGUUCCAAAAAUGUUCACAUGCAAAUGAUAUGAUCCUUAUUGACUUUCUUCUUUUUCUUACUCCGAACGCUUUGCAUAUAACGUCGACUUGAGUGUUAUUAUUGUAAACAUUAGUAGUUUUCUUAGAGGGUUGCCAGUUAAUAAAAUUGAAAUCUACCGAUUAUAUUAUAAAUAAAAAAAAUCAUGAUUUAUUUGAUUUAAAAAAAUCAGUUAGAAACAAACAAAAAAUCAUGAUUUUUAUGAACCCUGGGUCGAAUAACUGUCAAACUGUCAACUUUGCACUCUGCAUAGGAGGGAAACUCCUUCUCCAAUAUUCUACCAUUAAGAAACAAUUCACCAGAGCCAUGUCAGCGUUUUAGCCACUUCUAUGAAUUUUGAUGUUGUGUCUAUUCUAGAAAUUGUAAUGAUAUUCUGAUUUCAAACCUUAGUUGUAAUGAAAUUCGGUCACAGACGCGAAAUACUUUUAGAUUAGAUAAAAUUAGCUUUCAGCUUCCGGUUUCCGGUCCUUUAAUUGUUCGUAAUUUGGAUGAUUCCCCGCUUUUAACCGGGAACAUUCCGGCGUGAACAAGGCCUUCUAAAUCCAAGCUGGAUUCAUAUGCAAAUAAUAUAAUAAACCCAAACAUCCGAGUACAAUUGAAAGAAAAACAAACAAUUUUUAUAUGUAGUGAAUAACCUAAACUGUAAAUGAAUAUAUAAAAGUCAAAACAUAUAUCUAUUUCUCUACAGAUACAUUUUACUAAACUCAUUCCAAUUAGAAACAAUGAAAACAUUUGUAAAUCUUCAAAAUAUCAAACAAUAUCUAUAAAGCUGGUUGUAAGGUCUAAAUCGAAACUAGAGUUACAUUACUGUAAGCAAUUUUUAUAGGUGGAAAGUGAGAGGAGACAAUUCGGAUGAAUAAGUAGUUUUUCUACAUAAACCCUUCCAAUACAUUCUAAAGUGGUAAAAGUUAAAAUUAAGUCACAGAUCCCUCAUGAAUAAAGGUUUUUUGAGAGAACAAUGUUCAAAAUUGUGCAAUCCUGUUUGAAACGAAAUCUACGAAACGAGAAAGAAAUGAACAAGAAAUCUACACCUUUUAUUUACAAGAUUUAUUUAAAUAUCGUAAUUUAUUUAAUAUAUAUAUUUCCUUUUGCUCUUUCAGAGCCAUUCACGUUCUAUUAUUCGCGCUCAUUAAACUUUAGAUUUAGUUGAAUUGCUUCAAGUCAUGCUUUUCCCUGGAUUCAUUGAAAGGAGACACAAUUUUUUAUCACUAGUUUACACUUAGCACAACGUGAACAAUUAUUUUGUUGUAAAAAUUAAUGUUUGCAAAACAAAACCACGUCUUCCAGAGGAUAUGUUGCGCUAGUAGACUUAUUUUUUUCAUGGCGGAACAGAGCACUCCUUGAGGUCAAAGAGAAGCUUCACAAUUGUUUUUAUUAUCGAGUAUUAUUUAUUUUAUAUCUUUAGAUUAUUCGUAGGCAUCUAGGAUGCUUUAUGAUCACGAUUAAUCAAGUAUUCGUUGCAAUAUAGAUGCGAAAUCGCUCUAACAAAAACUCAGAGAAAAAGAUUCGAUGAGAUAAUCAAAUUCGGAAAAGUAACAUAUCAUUCCCAGGAAAAAGAGAAAAUUGAAUACAAAAUGAAUGGAAAAUGAAUAUUAACAAAGUAGAACGUUUACAAAAAGUCCACAAGCCAUUAUAUAUUUACCUAGCCAAUAUCUAUUUGUAGUUUUCGUAACCGUUUAUUACAUUUUAUGUAUUUAUUACUUAUUUAAGGACAUCGUUUGAAUAUCUUUGUGUCAUACUCUUGUUUGACCUUGUUGCAUCUUCUGAGUUGUGGUAAAUAAUCUUUUUGUUUAAUGGCUUCAAUAUUUUCGAGACUAAACGUUUGGAUAAGAGGCGAAAUUUAAUAAUUAAUAUGUUAACACCUUCUAUGUUAAUUGUAAAGAGAAAUAUAUGAACAUGAAGAUAUGAAGAAAGUGAA